AUGACAGACACCAAGUCGCCUGCUCGGGGAACGUCAAGGCCAGCGACCAGUAAACUCUGGCUUAUCGGCCUCAUUUGCGCGGCCUUGCUCAAGUUCUCGACCUGGCCCAAUCACCGAUACGCGCUAUGUUCUGAAGAGGGCUCGAUUUAUACCGUCGCGCCGGACAAGCCAACCGUGCAAUGCUUGGUGGUCAAGGGCUCAUUCAUUGAGUCAACGGGCGAGAUUCAGAUUCGAGUAAAUUCCCCGUUGUACGCGAUGACUACCUAUCUACCAUGGACUUCUCGGCUUUUGAACCCAUGGUAUCUGAAAGUCGUGAAGCUAAAGGCUGGUUCAGCUGUCAUACCUGGAAUGGCUGAUGCUCAUGCUCACAUACUCGAGUAUGGGUUCAAAAUGGAGCUCCAACUGGAUGGAGCUCCGUCGACGCAAGAUGUUGUGGCUCGGAUUCAAAAGUAUAUCGAUUCUCGACCGGAUGUCCACAAAAAUACCUCAACGUGGAUACAGGGAAUGGGAUGGGACCAGACUAGAUGGCCGGGGGCACAGUUUCCGACCUCAGAUGACCUUUCGGAUCCGUUGCUAGAAGGCCGGCCAAUAGCGCUUCGCCGAGUAGAUGGUCACGCCCUCUGGGUUUCCUCUCGAGUUCUAGAGAUGAUGGGCGAACUCCCGACGGAAGUCGACGGCGGGCUAAUCAUCAGGGAUGCGAACGGCAAGCCAACAGGUAUCUUCGUUGAUAAUGCCAUGACUUUGGUUCCCAUCCCUCCCUGGUCGGAGAAGGAUAUGGAUAACUAUUUUACGACGGCUAUGACGGACGCCCUGGCCCACGGACUCACCUCGAUCCAUGAUGCGGACUCUCAACCCGAGGCUAUUGCGUUCUUUAAAAAGCAAUCUGAAGCCGGGAAUCUACCUAUCCGCGCGUAUCUCAUGGGUAAUGUACUCUCGGAUGAAUACUGGGGCGCACAAAUACCUCGGUUGAUCAACCACGGUGCUCAUGGUCGACUCAAUGUACGCGCCAUUAAACUGUUCACGGACGGCAGGUCCCCAUUUCCAUUCCUCGCGGACAUCUCUCACUCUUAUCCAUUAGGCGCGCUUGGAUCAUGGGGUGCUGCGCUGCUCGAACCGUAUUCUGACAACCCGUCAACUAGUGGUCUCAUGCGCAGCUCCAAGAGUGCACUAGGCAAGCUGGUCAACCAGUUUUACGAAGAUGGGUUCCAAGUGAAUAUCCAUUGCAUCGGCGAUCGGGCGAAUAAUGCCGUUUUGGACAUUUUUGAAGAUAUCAUCAUGGAUUCCGCUGAUCCAGACAAUGUCACUGCGAGUUGGCGUCCACGGAUUGAGCAUGCGCAGAUCAUGACUAUGCAAGAUUUGGAGCGCAUUGGGCGAAUUGGAGUAAUCGCGAGUGUACAACCCACGCAUGCCACAAGCGACAUGAGCUACGCGGAGACACGACUCGGCCCCGAAAGAAUCAAAGGAGCUUAUGCCUACCAGAUGCUCCUUCAGAACUCGAAAAUCGGUGUACUGCCUCUGGGCUCCGACUUCCCAGUUGAGGGCAUAAAUCCUCUUCUCGGAUUCUAUGCUGCAGUCUCCAGGCUUUCCGUAGACGGAACAUCUCCUCACGGAGAGGGUGGCUGGUUCCCGAAUGAGCGCUUAACUCGCGCGCAAGCCCUGAAGGGGAUGACUCUCGAUGCAGCGUACGCUGCGUUCGCCGAAGACGAAAGGGGAUCGCUGGAAGUGGGGAAGAAGGCGGAUUUCGUGAUUCUCGAUAGAGAUAUCAUGAAAGUGCCGGCUGACAAGAUUCUGAGCACCAAGGUCCAAGCGACGGUUAUUGACGGUCAGGUGGCCUACGGAGCACUCUGA